AUGGGUUCUAAAACUACCUCUACAGACCUUGGUAAUGAUACUUUAGCGUACACCAUAUGUCCAUACUUGCCUCCCAGAGUCAAUUCAGAUGGCAUUUGGGGGUACCUUUUCGAUCGCGUCAGCAAUCCUCUGAAUUACUCGUUGACUCGCCUGAACUUGGAGCUGAUUACGGUGUUCCUCGUCACUGAAGCUUGUCAUUUCGUGCUUAAGCGGAUUGGAAUGACAAAGCUGGUCUCGCAGAUUCUCGCUGGUAUAAUCCUCGGCCCCAAUAUGUUUGUCCACCUCAGUGGGAAAGAUGUGAGGAUUCUCUUCACUAUUGAGAGCCAGGAAUUGGUUGAUACCAUUACUCAUUUCGGUUACCUAGUUUUUAUUCUCUUAACGGGCGUGAAGAUGGACGUCAACAUGGUUCUGCUGACAGGAAAAAAUGGUCUGUACACUGGCAUAGCAUCAUUGUUGACGCCAUUGGUGUUCGGACUAUCAGGUGUGGUAAAUUUCAGUGCUUCGAGGCGGCUUCCUCGAGAGCAUAAAUUUGCUCUAGUUAAUUUUGUCGCCUUGCAGUCUAUAACACCAUUUCCCAUCGUUUCUUGCCUUCUCGAUGACCUCAAAAUCUUGAACUCGGAACUCGGCCGGCUAGGACUGUCUUCUGCACUGAUCAGUGAUGUACUCAGCAUGUUUCUGCAAGUCAUUACCACCUUGGCCAUUGGUGGAGUUGGGCAUGGAAAGCUUAAGCAAGCUUCAGGAACAUUUGCGGGUGUCCUCCUGUACCUUGUUUUCGUUGUCAAAGUGAUUCGGCCAGCAAUGAAUUGGAUCAUUAGACGAACUCCGGAAGGCAGACCGGUCAACAAUGGGUACGUCUAUGCCAUAAUCCUGUACUUUGUUGCCUCUACGGUGAUAUUCCAAUUGGUGGGGAUCCCCAGUUUCUUCGCGCCAUUUAUUCUGGGUUUAGCCAUUCCUGAUGGCCCGCCAUUAGGAGUCUCCUUAGUGGAGAAGUUAGAUUGCUUCACUUCGGGUGUGCUUUUGCCUCUUUUCAUUACUACGAGGGUGAUGAAGGCCAACUUUGCAGACAUCCAAUACAGCAGCGACUUCCUUCAGGUUAGCAGCAUAAUCACCGCAAUAGUAGUCGUGGCGAAAUUCAUAGGCUCUAUGAUUCCUUCAAUAGUCUUGAAGAUACCUAAACGAGACAUGUUGGCCCUUGCUUUCAUAAUGAGCAGCAAAGGCGUGGUCGACUUGGUUGCAGUGAGCUUCGUCAGAGACAAUAAGAUUCUGACCAAUGACAUCUACUCUUUCAUGGUUGUGGUCAUCUUGGCGAUCGCAAUCAUCACUCCAUAUGGCGUGAAGUACUUCUAUGACCCUUCCAGGAAAUAUGCAGGCUACCAGCAGAGGAACAUCUUGCAUCUGAAACCCAAUGCCGAGCUCCGAAUUGUCGCCACCAUUCAUCGACCUGAUAAUGUUGCAGCGAUCCUCAACUUAUUAGAUGCCACUUGUCCCACCAAAGAACGACCCAUCGCCCUCUAUGGCCUCCACCUCAUCGAGCUGGUCGGCCGAGCCACUCCUCUCUUUAUUUCUCAUAGGAUGCAGAGGAGGGUUCUCAUCAAAAACUCGUACUCCGAGAACAUCAUCGCGGCCUUCAGCCACUACGAGCAAGACCACUGGGGCACCAUAUCAGCAAACGUCUACACAGCAAUCUCCCCGCCAAGGUUGAUGAACGAGGACAUAUGCAUGUUGGCACUUAACAAGCUCGCCUCCCUCAUAGUACUACCCUUUCACCGUAAAUGGUCCGAGGAUGGGUCCCUGGAAUCAGAGGACAAAAAGCUGAGGAUGCUGAACAGCAGUGUUCUUGAGAGGGCUCCUUGCUCGGUGGGUAUAUUAGUGGACCGUGGUUUCUUAGGAGGCUCCAAUUCGCUGGUGUCGUCAGCUCAGUCACCACUUCGAGUGGCCAUGAUCUUUCUCGGAGGCAAUGACGACAGGGAGGCAUUGACUCUGGCUAAGCGCAUGGCAAGCGGUGCAAACAUCACUCUCGAAGUCAUCCACAUCACCCACCAUUCAGACAAAGGCAUUUCCAACUGGGAAAAGAUGUAUGAUUCUGAAGUCUUAAAGGAUGUCAAGAGCGGUAGCAUUGGUAGCAGGAAUGUUUCGUACAGAGAGGAGAUGGUGGAUGACGGACCUAACACUGCACUGAUAAUAAGACCUAUGGGGAACAAGUAUGACCAUAUUAUAGUGGGGCGGCGCCAGAGAGAAGCGUCCCCUCAGACAUCGGGACUUCACGAAUGGAGUGAAUUCCCUGAGCUUGGGGUCAUUGGAGACCUGCUCGCUACAACAGAUAUCAUAGGAAGUUUUUCGGUCUUGGUCAUUCAACAACAGAAGGUCUAG